UGGUUCGUUAACUUUUUCAACUCUCUCUCUCCCAACUCUCGCUACCCAUCUCUCUCUCUCUCAUAUCCUUUCCCCAAACUAUACGCACAAACAAUCGUAAGUAUAUUUCUUAUUUCUGAUAUCUAACCCGGCAGGGUUACAAAUCGAUGGAGAACAGCACCAAAUCAUUCCUCCAAAUCGAUCUCAACGAAGCUCCCCCGACCGUCUCAUCUCCCCGCGACCCGCCCGGUCCAGCCCCCUCCGGUCCGGUUCUCUGCGGUUCGUGCGGGAACCGCCAAGUACACGGAGAAAUGCUGGUGUGUGUCAACUGUGGGAGAGGGUUUCACAUGAAAUGUAUGGGGACUAAGAGGAGAAGCAGUGAUUGGAAGUGUUUUAGCUGCUUGUUUGUCGGAAAAGGCGGCGAGUCGUGUUCCGAGAGGUUUCGAGACGGUGGUGAUGGCGGAGGAGAGGGGCUUUUGGAUAUGAAUGCGCCUCCGCCUGAGGAGGAGGAGGAGGUGCAGUUUUUGAGAGCUCAGAGGACUGCUGGAGGGGUGCAGGCAGUUUUUGAUAAGUCAGGUCUUCGCCAUCCAUUUAAUAUUCCAGUUGCAUAUUCACAAUUUCAACAUAUUGGUAGCAGUAUUCAUGUUCACCAGGCUUCUCAAUAUGCGACAAAAGAUGCUAUGUCACUGUGUGAAGUUCCACUUCAUUGCAGAUGGAACCAUAAUGGAAUGCCAAGUGAUACAGAUAUGAGGUUCAUGACUGGUGCAAGACUUCAAAGUAGUCACUACGAACCACAAAAACUGCCUCCUACGAGUGCAAAUUAUUUGUAUUUACAAGAUCUUAAAGAUUUUGUUACUGAAAGGAGAGGUGUAUUAGGUGAUGGUUGGCAUGUUGAAUUUCACUAUUGCCCUGUCAGAUGCAAAACAUCUGCAAUAUAUUGUGCCCCAGAUGGAAGAAAGUUUGAGUCGAUGUCGUCUGUUGCAGAUUGUCUUGGGCUUGUACCUAGUGGACAUGCAUUAGAAGAUGAUAAUAGAGGUAAUGGAGUUCCUCCAGGACAAAAAAGCCAUAAAAGAAAGGAAGGUACCAGGUAUUCGGGUGCCAAAUAUAGUAGAGAAAAUAAGAUUGCUCGAAGGAGCAUUCUUGGCGGGAAGUCCCCCCCUAGCGCAGAGGUCGUAAGUGCUGAUAUCAGAAGAUCAAACCAAAGCAAAAGGCCGGAGCCUGACCAAAACAAGAUUGAUGACACUGAACAUCAACAUUUUUGUGAUGGUUUCCCAGUCCAGUUUGAAGACUUGUAUAUUAUCCAUGCAGGCAAAGUUGAUCUGCGAAAUUUAUAUCAUGACUCUGGGCACAUAUGGCCUGUAGGUUACAAGUCUUGCUGGCAUGACCGGAUUACUGGAUCUAUUUUUGUCUGUGAAGUUUUAGAUGGUGGUGAUGAUGGCCCAGUUUUUAAGGUGCAAAGGUAUCCAUGCACCAAGCAUCAUAUCCCUAGUAGCGCAACAGUCCUUCGGAAGCAAAAUGGGGAAAGUAGAGAGAAAAAAGAUGAUAUGGCUUUAAUGGAUUUUGAUGACGAUGAAUGUACAAGUUUGCAAAUGAUAUUAACAGAAUGUAAUCCACCAUGUCUGGACAGCAGUAUCUCAUCAAGUUCCCCUUCUAUUGCGGACUCUGUUUCUCGUGAAGCGAAUUGCACAAUGCCUGGAAUUAAAAAUUCUAAUGGCUUCGUGCGGGAGGAUAGUAUUGGAGAAUUUUCGGUGGAAGCGAGGUCAUCAUUAUCUGCAUGGAAAAUGGUCUCUGUAGUUUUUCUUGAUGCUUGCUGUGAGGCAUAUAAGCAAACAGGCGUUCUUGGAUUUUGGUGUGAGCAUGAUAUGGAUAAAACUGAUGUGAAAGCAAGUGAAAAUAUAGGUUUGUUAUCAAAGUUCUCUUAUAGUGCUGGUCCUAUUAAUACCCCACACUUAAUUGAGAGUGAUGAAGAUUACAAGGUUUUUUCGGAGGUGCUGGUGAAGUGGGUGCAGCAGGAUAGAUUUGGACUAGACCUUGAAUUUGUUCAAGAGUUACUGGAACAGCUUCCCGAGGCACGUUCUUGUUCAGAUUAUGUAUCUUUGAAUAAAAGAAUUCCAAAGUCAAUGCUGCAUACAGUUGGAAGUGGGUUUCUAAUUUCAGAAAGGAUAUGUGAUAUGCCUGUCAAGAAACUAUCAAACGGUUUUGUCCAAAGUUGUGGAACUCCUAGAAAGAAGCUAAGUGAAGACACUGAAACAAAAACUCCUCGUCCUUCAGGAAAACCUGUUAGCUCUAAGCUUCCUGCAUAUUUAAUUGGUGAUGUUCUACAGGUUUGGGAAUUCUUAAGGCGUUUCUCAGAUAUUUUAGGACUUGAGGAACCCGUUUCAUUCCAGGAACUUGAGUGUGAACUUUUGAAUCCAUGGUUAGAUGAUCUUAAUCCUGCACAAGAGAAUAUUGCAAACCGAUCAAGGGAUGAUGAAGAUGCCAAUUCCUGCAGAAACUCUGUUACAGCAGUGAACGGGGAAACAUCUGCAUAUAAACUCACUACUGAUACUCAUGGUAAUUGUACUGGUAUGAUAUUGACCACAGCUCAUAGCUCACUGCUGAACUUGUUGAUAGGGGAGUUACUUGUCAGGGUUAAGCCAUAUGUGGAUCCUGAUUUUGAUGCUAGAGAAAUUAAGUCAAAGCGAGGUAGGAAAAAAGAUAUCGAGAACUCAGUUAUUGCAAAGAAGUCAAAACUUGAUAUGCCUACAAUUAAUGACAUCACAUGGCCGGAGUUAGCUAGAAGAUACGUUUUGGCUGUAUUGUCCAUGGAAGGAAACCUGGACUCGACAGAGGUCAUGUCCAGAGAGAGUGGAAAGGUAUUCCAUUGCUUACAAGGUGAUGGUGGAAUUCUUUGUGGUUCUCUUGCAGGAGUUGCUGCAAUAGAGGCAGAUGCACUGCUUCUUGCAGAGGCCACUAAAAAAAUCUUUGGUUCGUUGAAGAGUACAAAUGAUGUUUUUAGCGUAGAUCAGAAUGAUUCUGAUGCAGCAGAUGCUUCAAACUUAACCACUAACAAAGAUACUGAAGUCCCCGACUGGGCGCAAGUGCUAGAACCCGUAAGAAAGCUACCUACCAAUGUAGGAGCCAGAAUUAGAAAGUGUGUAAAUGAAGCCUUGGGAAAAGAUCCACCUGAAUGGGCAAAGAAGAUACUGGAGCAUUCUAUAAGCAAGGAAGUAUACAAGGGAAAUGCCUCCGGACCUACAAAGAGAGCAGUAGUGUCGGUGCUUGAAGACCCUAGAUGUGAGAGGCCACAGCCAAAACCAGAGACAAAAGAAAAGGGGAAGACAGUUAGUAUUAUUUUAUCAGAUUUGGUAAUGAAACAAUGUCGUCAUGUUUUAAGGCAUGCUGCAGCAGCAGACAAAGAUGGGGUUUUUUGCAAUCUUUUGGGAAGAACACUUCUGAAUUUGAAUGAUAAUGAUGACGAGGGACUUCUCGGAUAUCCUGCAAUGGUUUCUCGUCCUUUGGAUUUUAGGACUGUUGAUCUGAGAUUGGCUGCCGGAGCCUACGGUGGAUCACAUGAAGCUUUUUUCGAGGAUGUUCAAGAGGUGUGGUAUAAUAUUCGUAAGGCAUAUGGAAACCAUUCAGAAUUGAUUGAUCUAGCUGAAACAUUGUCCAGCAAAUUUGAGGACAUGUAUGAAGAAGAGGUUCUUACACUGGUCCACAAAAUAAGGGAGAAUGCUAAUUCUCAAAGCGAUGAAGACAAGAAAGAGUUAAUUGAUGUGCUUGCGAGUGCAACUGAGUCCUUGCUUCCUAAAGCUCCCUGGGAAGAAGGAGUUUGCAAAGUUUGUGGCAUGGAUAAAGAUGAUGUCAGUGUUCUGUUGUGUGAUACAUGUGAUUCAGAAUAUCAUACAUACUGUUUAAAUCCGCCGCUUGUGAGAAUUCCUGAGGGAAAUUGGUACUGCCCUUCUUGUAUUGCUGGAAAACGGAUUUCUCAUGGGGUUUCUUUUGGUACACAGAUCAGCAAUUUACACAGAAGAAAGAGAUAUCAGAGGGAUUUAACAAACAAUUAUUUGGAUGCCCUGGUCAAUAUGGCAAACACAAUGGAGAUGAGAGAGUAUUGGGAGUUCAGUGUGGAGGAGAGGAUUUUCCUUAUCAAACUCUUGAGCGAUGAGGUGCUCAACUCAGCCAUCUUCCGUGACCAUCUUGACCGAUGCGUCUCAGUUUCUGCUGAUUUGCAGCAAAAACUGCGUUCGUCUACCUCGGAAUGGAAUGUUUUGAAAUACAAAGAGGAGAGUUUGGCUGAAAGUCUGGCAGCACGAAGUAUGGAGGUGCAACGGAGUGAGUUGGAUAUAUUAUCUAAACAAAAGAGCCAGUCCAUUUCAGAAAGUUUGAUGGAGAAAGCCUCUCCAAGUGGCAUUCAAAUUAUAAAGGCAGCUGAUGCAAGCGAUCUAUUUCUUCAUCAACAUGGAAAGGGUCUGCCAGGUUCUCAUAAUUGUUCCGUACAAGAACAUCCUACUACAAAAAGUAAUAGUGGAGAGCAUGGUCCCUCUAUGUCUACUUGGCUUCACAAUAUCAAUUCCACCGCAGACAAAGCUCAGACCAAUAUGAACUUGCGGGGACAAGAUUGUGGUGGUUGUAAUGGUUCUUCGCUAUCUACUGGUAAAGUUUUUACAAGCCAUAUCUCAUCCGACACCAUUGACGCAGAUCCAGCUGACAGUAUAUCUGAUGUGAAUGUCUCAAAAGCCCCCGAUCUAGAAGCUAGCUGUUCCCUGAAAACCGAGAUUUCUAAUCUGCAGAACACAAUUUCAACUCUGGAAUCAGAGAUGUUCAAGGCUUCUGUUCGGAAACAGUGUCUUGGAAGGGAUUCUGCUGGGAGAUUGUAUUGGGUCUUUGGCUGCGGUAGUUCUCCACAAGCAUUUGUUAAUGGGAAUUCGGUAGCACAACGGAAUAAAGUUCCUGAGUAUGGGAGAGAAACUCAAUGUGGUCCAUGCCUGAGGAAUCCUGUUCUUGUAGUAGAGAGUCCUUCAAGCUCAAAAGGAAUAAGCUUUUCUAAUAUGCAUCCAUCUGAGCAAGUUAUGCAUAGUCCAGAAUCUUCUUCUUGGGCUUGUUAUCAAAGUGAUUCUGAAAUUCAAGAGCUCGUUGCAUGGCUUGGAGAUGAUGCAAGAGAGAGAGAGCUAAGAGAUUCUAUUUUGUAUUGGCAGCGGAUGAAGCUCCAUGAUUCAGUUAAUGUGAAAAAUUAUUUUCAAGGUCAGUAUCAACCAAUUUCCUUAAAUUCUACCCUUAAUGAUAAACUUUUGGAUUCUCACUUUCUGGUCUCAAAAGCAUUGACCGUCCUAGAAAAGAAGCUUGGUUCUCGCCUGGAAUUGCAGACCAGUGAUAAUUUGAAGCAGAAAAAACACAAAGUUGAGACAUGUUUCCCUGGCAGAAUUGACAGAUGUGAGUGCUUGGAACUACUGUGGACCUCUAGACAGCACUGCCUCACAUGUCACAAAACGUUUGCAAUCCCUGAGGAUCUUGACAAGCACGCCAAUGGAACAUGUAGCAUGAGCGUGGCUGUCCCUGAGAGUAAUAAGAAUUCUUUAAAACACAAAAGGAUGAGAAUGGAACCUUUACCAGAGAAUAACUCUGAUUUAAGAAACGUCAAGGCAUUAAAAGCCGAGAAACAAAAUAUUGCGUCAUGUUUUGAUGAGCAAAGAAAUUUUGGAUGUCCUUUUGACUUUGAAGAGAUCAAAAGAAAGUUUGUUACUCAAAACUCCCUCGCAGGAUUGGUGAAAGAUAUAGGACUCAUUGAUUCUGCCGGGACCCCGUCAUUUGUUCCACAAAUAGCGCAUUAUCUGGUCAGCCCUACCCUAUCCUUGGUCCCUACAAGUUCACCAGGCCUAUUUUCAGAAUUUGAAGAUGGGCAGCGAUUUUCAAAGAAAAGAAUCAACAAUGCAACUGGUAUAAACUCUAGUCGUAGUUCUUAUACCUCUAGAAACCCAGAGAAUGGUAUGGAUCAAGAGCCAUUGAAAGGUGGCAAAUUACGUUUUAGGUGCAUGACUGAAUUGGAUCAGUUUUCUGCUACUAAGAACAUGCUUUGGGGUGGCAAGGGGGCCAUUCUUCAUGAAUCUUCACUAAGACCAAUAGGAGGUAGGCCUUCUGCAAUUCUUAGGCAGCUCAAAAUUAAUUUGCUUGAUAUGGAUGCUGCAUUACCUGAAGAAGCUUUAAGACCAUCGAGGGCAAAGUCCGAGAAAAGAUGUGUCUGGCGUGGAUUUGUUAAAUCUGCAGAGUCCAUAUAUGAGAUGAGCCAAGCAACAAUUGUACUAGAGGAUAUGAUCAAGACAGACUACUUGAAAAAAGAUUGGUGGUAUUGGUCAUCACCUUCUGUUGCAGCUAAGAUUUGUACAAUUUCUGGUCUUGCUCUUCGCAUAUAUGCGUUAGAUGCAGCCAUAAUGUAUGAGAAAAAUCUCCCUGAUCGGGAUCCAUCAGAGGGGUGCAAGUCCAUGCCUCCACAAUCCAAGGAUGUCAAAUCAGAUUCCUUAGACCUUCCUAGACUAAGGAGUGGAAAAGCGAGAUAAGAAAAGAGUCGUGUUCCUUCACGUCAAGUGUAAAGACGUAUAAACAUUGAAUGCCUUGUGCAUUACGGAAAGAUGCAUAUGCUGAUACCUCCAAGUCGUCAUUCCAAGCGUAUGCUGGGAAGCUUUGGUAGUACUCGACCUCAAAGAAAAGAUUUUGUUGUCACGUAUGGUUGCAUGUUUAUAUUGAGCAGAAGCCGAAAAUAAUUGGUGAAUGGUUGAACAGAAUUUACCCUUGCGGAGUAAACCUGUUCAUUUUCUUAAACAGAAAGUUAACAAAACUGACAGCCAGCUAGAUCUUCAGAAUCUGCUGACAGUCCUCUACUUACUGUGGCUGCUCCGGAACCUUACAAUUUUGCAUCAGACUAAUCACAGCCGACAGCUAGCUUCUUUUGAGUUGUUACCUCUUUCCUGUAUUUUGUGUCCAUACUUAGUAGUAGAAAAUCAACCUUCAUAUCGAAAAGAAAGUGUUUUUGUUCUGUUUGUACAAACAGGGGCGACCGCCUAGCCAACCGAGCAGGGUAUUAUGUUUCAGAAUCAAGGCUUCUCGAGUUCAUUUUACAAUCCCUGGCUGGCCUCCAUGGUAAUCCUGCAUUAAGUUUCGACAUAGAAUGAAAUCUUGCAAUCUUUACAGCGGACUACCUCUGUGGAAGCUUUCAAGCACAAAUCCAAGUUCAAAGAGCCUCUAUUCUCGUUUGUAGUUUUUACUAUUGGAUGUUUUAAAAAUCUAUAUAGAUUGGCAUAUUGUAGACUGUCAACACUUUUAUGAGAAAUGUUCUGGCCAGAAAUAGUGUUAUUAUUCCUCGUACUCGAGGCCAUUUC